AUGGACGGCGACUUUGGUGCAGCAAGUGGAGGAUUUGGAGACAUCGACGACUUCGCGUCGUCCCAGGACAUGUCUCUGAACCCUUCCCCGCUUCCAGCCCAGAGCUCGACGUCUCCCUUCGUUUCGCGCUCCCCUCGCGAGGAUUCAGGCGCGAACUUGCAACUCAGCGGCGGCUUCGGCGAUAGCGACCUGUCUGCCUUCCAGCCAGGUGCUGACACAUUCGUGAACGGUGUUCGGGACGCCUCCCGUGACGUGGACCCUUUUUUCGACAACGCGUCUCGCGCGGCAGAUACGUUCCUUGUAGAGGAGAACGACAUGUUCCUCAUGGAAGGCAACGGCGAGAAGCGUACCUCGAGUGAAAUCGGAGCCGGAAGCGGCUACUCGCCGCCAGUCUUCCAGGAAGAGCGCGCCGCGAGUCAGAAGCGACUUGGCGAAGAGGACGAGUUCAGCACUCCGGGUCACAUGAACGGCGUUUACGGCCUCAUGCCGGAGCCGACGCCGGCGGAGCCACAGAUUAGGAAAGAAGAGAUGCCUAAUGGACAGCCUGCGCAGAACAGCCAGAGGUCGACGAGCGCCAACGUGGAUACCCAAGUUGACGAGCAGGCGCGACGUGCCGUCGAAGCCGUGCAGGAGCAGAUGCGUCGCGAAGUGGAGGCGCGACGCAGAGAGGAAGAUGAGAUGAAGCGAGAGCAGAGGGAACUUGCUCAGGAGGAGCUCAAGGACUUCUACGAGCGCAGAAAGCAGCUCAUCGAACGGCGCAGCAAAGCGAACCAGGCGAAGGAGAACGAGUCUGGAAAUCUGACCGCAAGCGAGCGCAGCGGUAGCUGGUCGAGAGUCAUUCAGUUGAUUGAUGCGGAUGAUAAAGUCCGCUCCCGCGGGGCAAGCAGCGCUGGAGCUUCGAAUGCGGCCAUCGGCUCGAAAGACCGUUGCAAAAUGAGGGAGUUGCUCGUCGAGCUGAGUUCGCAGGAGGAGGGCACCGCGGGCGGUGACAAGCGCGGUAUGAACUGA